CUAUCCAUCGCCAGCACCAGGAACGGUUCCUCGGAGGUUCAGCUCGGUUUUGGUUGCGUUUCGCCGGGAGUAGUGUAGGCUCUCUCUCAUCUAGUGACUGUACGGCGCGCGUCCAGGUGUGUACGCGUGUGUGUGUGUGUGUGCGUAUUCCAGCUGGGACCGGUUUAGUGGAGAGGAUUCUCGACCUUCCAGCUUCCACCUACACGCCGACGACGAUUCUUCAUCUUCUUGCGGCUGUGUGCCCAGAAUCUAUUGAUUCGACAGGCCCCCCUUUGAGAAUUCUGAAAAGUGGUGUAGCCGGUGCAGGUGUGUUGGUGUGCGACGAGCCCUUCCGGCAAAGGGCCCGGCUUGUGAUUGUGUGCGUGUGCCGAAACGUUGGGCCGGAAGAAACACGGCAGGAUUCUGCUGAAAGUGGUGUUUUGUUUACGGAUGUUGGCUACCGACAGGAAGAAGAUUCUGCAAAUGUGCGUGUGUAGUGGUGCGAAUCAAGUGUAAUCGAAGAAGUGGAGAAUCUGCGAGUUGUUCGCGAGUUUGGUGAAUAACAUUGUGCGAAGAUUUAAUUAAAAUAUUUCGGAUGUUUGGUUUGGAGAGGAAGUGGUGAAGUCGGAGUAGGCGCUGAAAUAAUUACCCCAGAGAGGAAGAUCAGCAACCGUAGCGUCAACAUCAGCAGCAAAGAACCAAAGUGACCGUCGACUUGUUGUGCUACAGCAACUCCAGCAACAGCAGCAGCCGAUUAAAGCUGCCAUUGCUUGGAUCUAACGGAACCAUCGCGGGGUCGUUUCUUCAAGCCGUUUGCCGAAUUGAUAUCGAUUCCACUGGAGAGAGCAGCAGCUCAAAGCUAAAAGAUAUUCCUAAUUGCUGACCAUCGACGAGAUCUCAUCAGAAACAGUGUUCCAGCAGAACCCCAAAGAUCAAACGACUCAUGACCGCAGGGCUGUGCAUUUUACAACGAAUCCAUCGACCAAUCCCUUAAGAAAAAAAAAGCAUAAAGUGGGGUAGCCAGAGCGCCAGAAAUCAUGGCGGAAUCUAGUGUAAAGUGAGAGAAGUGUGUUUUAAAACCCAGGAAAAAAAUAGUGUGUUUCUUCACGUGAAAACUAAACCGGUGUGAGUGAUUUUUGAAACAAGUGAUAUCAAUAGUUAAGAGUGGAGGCUGGAGUAAUCUUAGGAAGCAACCAAUUCACACAGGAGCAACCACAAUGAAUUUACGGCAUCAGGAAUACACGGCGUGUGUCGUGUUACUUUUAAGUACCAUCAUCAGUAUUACCCUCGGACAGCAGGACUUCCAGUUCGCUAGCGAAAAGGAGGAGGAGGUGCAGCCAAUGCUAGCGGAACCACUAGACGUAGUUAGUAAAGCACAACCCAUCAAAUCAAUCUACUCCAAGGAAAAGACGCAAUGUGCCCCCGGCCAGGGCCAGAUUAUGUUGUCGCUGGUGCUGCGGUCGCACAGCUGGGACGAGCUCGUCGAGAAGAAGCGUCAAAAGGCCGUCAACAAACUGUCCAAGUUCUUCCUGGUACCGAAGGUAAGUCUCCCUCCAGUGUUCAAAAAGUCGUCCAAAGCUGCUGCAGUGAUGGAUGAAUUGUUGUCGUCCCUUAAUGCUCUCGUGGGAAUUGAUUCCUCAACAGUCACCGUCCUCACACUCUCAGCAACUCUACUAUUAGCAACGAUAGUGUCCAGCUCGGACGAGUGUUACCGGAAUCGACGAAUCACGGUGAAAACCGUGGCACACUUUGAAAACUGCAACCAAUACGUCGUCUGUGUGGGGCGCAUUCGGAUGGUCCGAAGCUGUCCCGAAGAGUCCGGAUGGAGUGAGCUCGAACAAACUUGUGUCCCCGGUGUAGCGGAACGCUGCCGCAAGAAACCCAAGCUGCGACUGAUGAGUGUGGGCGUGACCCCAGUGGAACCGUCGAUUUCGUGUGUGGCGAGUUCGGACUCUUGUCCGGCGCGGUUCGAUCCGUUUGCGCUUGUGCUGCGUGCCCACGAAGAUUGUGCCAAGUACUAUCUGUGUAUUUCGUUUCUUCCGGUGGUGCUGUCGUGUCCGGCGAACCUGCGGUUCAACGAGCGGACGUGUCAGUGUGAUUUUCCGGAAAAUGUGGACUGCGGAAUGACGACUACGACGGAACUGCCCGAAGGCACGGAUACCACAACCGAAGAACCAGAAGGAACAGACACUACAACGCAAGAACCAGAAGGAACCGAAACUACAACAUCGGAACCAGAAGUAACGGACACAACAACAUCAGAACCAGAACAGUACUUCAAACCGGACGUUGUCGACUACGACUACGAGCAGCGGACGCGGCGCUGCCUGGAGCAAACCCUGCCCACCUACGACUCCAACCCGUGCUCCCAAGCAUACUGGUCCUUCAUCUGCUACAAGAAUAACUACGGCAACUUCCACAUCCACGCAAACCAGUUCGUCCCGCCAACAGAACUCCAGAUCUCCCAGAACCUGCUCGACUGCGUCGACGUGCUGAACAUCCCCCGCGACAGCCUGAUCGUGGUCAAGCAGAACGCGACGGCUUCGUGCUUCUCCCGGUGCUUCCUGCAGCGAUCCAGCAUCUACGACGACGCCGCCGGACUGGACUUUGAGCGGCUGUACGUGCUGGUCGGGUUCGACGCCGAGAAGGCGCCGUUCAUCGAGAGCGCCCGCGCACAGCUGGCCGACCUGACGGGGGUGGAACAGUGCUCGGACGCGUGCCAGGCCGCGGUCAUUCCGGAGCGGUUCUAUAAGGAGCAACUCGUCAAGAUCUUCAAGACGGACGGAACGCGCGAUGCGUCGUUUGUAUUCUUGGAUUCGAACAAAUUGGUUGAUGUUUAUGAUCGUUUUAUCUUUCGUUUGAGAUCUCAUCCGCCAUUUAUGAUCUUGGUGUCGUGUAUUCCUUUCGUUUCCCCACUUAUCCUUCCACCCGAUAACAAACCAAUCUCUGAACUCCCGUUUUCCGAUGAUUUCCAUUCUUUACCUCUACCCGCUAACACGGAUCACCAGCAGUCGUCGUCGUCGAGCGAUACUAACCCGGUUCCACCACUAACCACUAACAAAAUCUCCAUCGGUUCGGGCAAGUCGUCGUCCGUGGGUUCAAAACACCACGACCAUCCCGUAGCGGAUGCCGGACAUGGGGGUCAUCACGGUCAGGUAACCCAGACGGAAGCGUCCAGUGACGGUCAGGUGGACUAUACCCAGGCGGACAUCCUGGAGAGUGUGUCCCAGCUGGAGUCUACCAUCAGUAAGACCAUCGAGAACAACGAGCAGCUCAAGAAGGAGGAGGAGGAUCUGCUAGCGAAGAAGGCUUCCAAGCACAAGAAGAUCGACAUUGAGCGGAUCGUUGAGACGGAGCUGAUGCUUCCGGACAUUGAGCGGUUGAAGGACAGUGGCGACGUGUUCCGGGAUGAGUACGUGGUGGAUGAGGUUGCGACUACCGUUAGGACUACCGUCGCUUCGACGAAGAGGGUCACUUUGCCGUUGACGACCUCGACAACAACAACAACGGAGGUAACCACCGCUGCCACGGAACCUACCGUGACGGAGACUAUUCGGACGGAACCGGAAACAUCGACGGUGACUCCAACUGAUCCUCCAACGACCCUUCCGCCAACAACCUCGACCCAAGUGUCAACGGUAACCACCACGGAGGUCACCACAACAACCCGUAGAGCUACGACGACCCCGGUCACCACCACAACGACCCCGCGGACGACUACGACGACCCCCGCAACGACCUUACCUACCACAACGGCGGUGUCGAGUGAAACCGCGGCGGAGACCGUCCUAAUACCUACUAACCGUAGCCAUAAGCAUAACAACCUCGUCGUAGCUAGUCGGACGACUACCUCCGCGAUCCCCGCCCAGGUUGAGUUCGUUGAAGAAACGGUGAAGACAACGCCCAACGACGAAGAUCAGCCAGUGUUGCCAGCGUCGCCGAGCAGCAGUGCCAUGCCUUCCAUUUCGAUCGCCGGCAUCCAGCCGGAAGAUGGCCGCCAUCACGUUGCCACGACAACCUCCACUGUGCGGCUGUUUGGCGAAGAAAUCGCCCGAAACGAGGUGCUCCAGGAGGAGGACGAAGAAGAGGAAGCCGACGAAGACGAAGAGUACGGAGACACGGUCAUAAUCACGGAACUGCCCAACUCGGUGGCUCCAGUGGCCGCCGCCGUUCCCACCAGCACGGUGAUGCCAACCACGGUUGUCAUGGAGACGGAGCCGACAACGGCGGUCGUCACGACGCCUACUACGAGUAGCACAACCACGACAACAACAACAACAACAACAUUGCCACCCCCAACAACAACAACACCAUCAACAACAACAACCGAAGAAACAGUCACAGAGUCAGAGAUACCGCUCGAACCGGAAACGGUGGCGCCACGUGUGGCGUUUGUGGAAACUACCACCUCAAACAGUGCCGCCGACAGCAGCAGCAGUGUUAGUGUGUUUGAAACUAGCAACACUGCUACCACUACUACCACAGAACCGAAGGUCACCACCAUACCGCCAACCGUAAGUAGCUCGCCGAUGGUGAACCCGCCGAAGCAGGAGAAGGAAGACUACGAAAACUACGACGACGAGUACGACGAUGAGCUGGACGAGGAACCGACGACGGCGGCGACCGUGCCGGCCCAGUCCGGCAAUGUGGUGCCACCGGUCGUCACGGAGCCCUCAACGACGGAAGCCACGCCCUCGAGUCCAGCUCCCACAACCGUCCCAACCACGGUUCCCACAACGGAAGCCACAACUCCGUCCUCAACCAGCACGACGACAACGACCACAACCACAACGACCACCACGCCCGCCCCCACGACCACAACUCCCGCUCCGACCACUUCCACAUCAACGCAACCUUCCACGACGGAGCUGGACGAACCGUCGAACCUGUUCCCGAUCAUCAAGAACCGCAUCCCCAAGCAGGCAAUCAUCGCCGGAAAGGUGUUCAACUUGCCCGUUGCGUUGGACACGUUCUUGGACACUGAAGAUGGCAACAACUUGAGGUUGGAGAUGUUCGACUCGCACGGAUAUCCGCUCAAGACCAACUCGUGGUUGCAGUUCAACGUUGAGGGUCGGGAGAUUUACGGGCUGCCGCUGGAGAAGGACGUGUCCAAGUGGCACUACAUUCUGAGGGCUACCGAUUCCGGCGAGCAGUCGGUCAACGAGACCGUUGAUAUCUCCGUGCAGCAGCACAAGUCCCACCGAAGUGUGAACCACGAGAUCAGCUUGGCACUCCGACUUCAGCGCAAGUUCCCCCGCAACGUGGACUGGCAGAUCAAGGUGAUUCGUGGAAUCGCCGAAGUGCUGGGAGAUUCCACGCUGUCGCACGUGGUCGUCCGUGAGGUGCGCAACAGCAUCCAGGAUCCGAACUUGGCGACGUUUGUCUUUACCAACGAAACCCUGCCGAAGGAUCGCUGCCCGGAGGAGGAAUUGGACAAACUGGUGGCGAAACUGACCGAGAAAGCGCUCAACGAUGUGUACCAGGACGAAAUCCUGGUCAAGUCCGUCCAGGGUGCCCAGAUUGGCCAGUGUCUGAAGCCUACGAUCCCAAAGGUGAAGCCCACGCAGACUAUCGCGACGAAGAACUUUGCGCCGACCACGCGCAACCAGGUCGAUCGGGUCAACGCCACCGUGGGACACCUGCUCGUGUACAAGGUUCCGGCGGACACCUUCUACGAUCCGGAGGACGGCAAUGAUUUGAAGCUGAAGUUGCUGACGACGGAGCGAAAUCCGUUGGAGCAGUUCCACUGGUUGCAGUUUGACGCGAAGAACCACGAGUUUUUCGGCGUGCCGCGGACGGCGGAUAUGGGACAGAAGGAGUACCUGUUGAUGGCCGAAGAUCGCGAAGGUCUCACCGCCACGGACGCCCUUGUCGUGGUUGUCCACCAGGCCCACAUCAAGCGUGACUACAGCGUACUGUUCGAGCUGACCUUGGAAACGCCCCAGGAGCAGUUCAGCAUCGCCAGCGCCCAGCGUCGCUUCAUCGAACGACUCGCGCAAGUGUUUGGAGAUGCCAACACCAACUUUAUCCAGAUUAGAAACGUGCGAACGAUCCACCACACCGGCAAUGUCCAGGUAACGUUCUUCAACACGACCCUGUAUCGGCAACAUCAGCGUUGUCCGGACGAGGAGAUUGAAACGCUGCGCAACAUUCUGCUCUACCCUGAUGGUACGAUCCGUGCCAAGGUGCGGGAAAUCCUAGGCCAAGAGUUUGGCCUGCUAAACGUGUCGCUCAUUCCGGUGGGAACCUGCCAGGGUUACGACACGCCAAUCCACGCGACCAACGAGCCCGAAAAGGCUGCCCCGCCGCCAAUCGCCAAGGACGACUACCUGCUCACGUUCGUCCUACCCGCGGUCAUCAUCCUGGCCAUGCUCCUGAUCGCGUCCAUCAUCGCGUGCAUCCUCUACCGGCGACGGCUGACCGGCAAGAUGGAACUCGGCACCGACGAGGAGCGCAAAUCGUUCCGCACCAAGGGCAUCCCGGUGAUAUUCCAGGACGAGCUGGACGAGAAGCCGGAAAUCGGCAACAAGUCGCCCGUGAUACUCAAGGACGAGAAGCCGCCGCUGCUGCCGCCGUCCUACAGCAGCACCAACAAUGAGGGUGAAAACGAGGACGUCGACGAGUACGUGCCGCCGCCGGCCGUCGUCAUGGGCGGGCGCGAGUCCCGGGGCAAGUCGCCGGUGACCCCGUCCUACCGGAGGCCCCCGCCGUACGUGUCGCCCUAGAAGCGAGCACCCUCCACCACCACCCCUCGCAUCGGCAAUGGGCCUAACCACCAAAACAAUUUCAACCCCGGCGGUGGUGGAGGAAAUCCCAGCUAGACUCCGGCAGGCUACGAGUUGACCGACAGGAGCAGGCAGCACUACGAUCGGAACGUGAGGUGGGUUUUCUAACGGGGUUGGAGUGGGGGAAGAGAAAAAGAGUCUUUCGAAAAGAUUUGAGGGUGGGGUGGGAAAAAUGUAUUUUUUUCGUAAAGUUGAUGAGAGGGAGGAGAAUUUUUAGUCAUCCUAAUCGCUAAGAAAUCAAGUUAAUCAUUAUUGGAAGCAGACGCAGUUUUUUCUAGCACGUAAGCUUUACACGUUUCUAAAGUUUUUGAUUUACAUUUUAUGUUUUUUUUAAAUAUUGUGAAACACGCAACAUUUUUCCUCCUAUUUUAGUUCUUUUUUCAAAUUAUUUGUUUGUUAAGUAUUCUGAGAAGACAGUCUUUCCACAAACACGCUCUCACUCUCUCAAAGUAUCAAAAACAAAAGAGAGAGCAAGAGCGAAACGCACAAUCAAGAACGUUGACGAUUUAGGUUAAAACAGAGGUAAAAUCAGUUCACCCUUCCCAGGUAUAAGAGCUUAAAACUGAUAGACAACAAGCGUUACAAAAAACACACACACGUGAAUUUCAGUUCUCGAAAUCGGCUAGCCAAUUGUAGCAUGAUAUUAAACUCUCACACACACAAACAAAUACACGCGCGUAUAAAAUUUACCACACUCACACACUCUCUUACACGACUUUUUUUAGGCUAAAUCUACAAACUUCGAAAGGUUCGAUGACGAAAAAUGCGAAUUAGCAAAAAGUGUCAAGCUUUGUAGGGGGUUUUAAUAAAAUGUGGGAGAUUUUUAGCUUGUGUAAUUUUAUAAAUUACAGAGAAACGGCGACGAUCGUGCGUGAAAUUUGUGCACUAAAUAAUUAUUAAAACAUUAGAGAAACGCGAUAAACAUUUUUGACGGAAACAUUAAAUCCCUUUACCGAAAAAGAUAAAAAGAAAAAUCGAACAUGAUCUCAGCAAAA